AGCUUUUGGAAUUCACGCCACAGUAGUAGUAGUAGUCGCGCAUCGGCCGAGUAACCGACGACGAUCCCGGGAAUACCCCACUCUUCCGUCCGUUGUCCCCGCAACAAGUGUUCACCGAUAUUAAACGCGUAUACGCGCGCAUUGGCGGUCCUGUCCAAGGGUCAAGGUUCACCAUAUGAAAAAUCAGAAAAAAUGAAGAUUCCUGUCAUUUACGGAAUUAAUUGAAUCCACUGAUGACAAAAAUUUCCAUACGUCAUGUAAUCCCUAAUUUUAGUGGGAAUCUUGGUACAAUUUUAACCAUUUGUGAGAAAUAAAUCAAUAUUUCAAGACAUCGUGGGAAUAGCAAAACAAAUCUAACAAAAUGAUACCCACAAAUGUUAUGUCAUUCAUCAACAAGAUUGUUCCACCUGUACCGGAAACGAACUCUGAGUCAUCAAAUCCAGAACAAGGCACGAGAUUCAGUAAAAUCAGACAAACGCUGUCAUCAAGUUUAAUGACAGCACAAGACAAAAUGACAACUAAACUAAAUAGUGCGAGUAAUCGGCAAAAUCCUGCGGAAAGUAACCCUACUCCUAGCCCUGCAUCUCCACCAGAAGAUAAUACGAAUAAGCAACCUACUACAACGUCUAAAUCAGAAUUGACCAAGCAACCAGCAUGUCGUUCCGGUGGUUGUCGGGUAUGUCUAAAGAGCUUUAAGGAUGGCGAUUACUCGCGUGUGUGCUUUGGGUGCAAGUUCAAAGUAUGCGAGGACUGCGCAACUUCGUAUACAAAGAUCGACGAAAACCAAGAUGAGAACACUUGGUGCUGCAGCAUUUGCCGACGCAAGCAACAGAGUUCGUCGAUACUGCAACCCGUGAUGACGCAAAACUCAACCGACAGCCUGUUGGACGUGCCGAUAGUCGACACGUUGCAACGGCGUCACUCGGACGUGAAAAUCGGACGGAACUCCGGGAGCGCCGGAUCCGGCAACGGGUCGCUGGGUACGGGGCUAGCACCGCCGCGGUCGCCUGAGCUGAGACGGCACUCGGAUGUGUCACCCGCCACGCUGAAAGACAUGGAAAAAGCUGCAGCUUCACUCAAGGUGGGAGAUAGGAGUCGUAUUACAGAUGAUAAAUUGUGGAACAGGGACACGGGACUUAGGCAGAAACGUGGAUCAGCCGGUGCAGUGGUUGGUCAAAGUACAAAUCAAACGCAACCUACAAUAUUUCGGUUUGACACUCGCCGAGAAUCAAAAAUAUCUAUACCCGCUGAUGACUCUACGGAUGAUCCUGACGAUGCAGAAAAUCGGUGGAGAAGAGGAGCACGGGGUGCUGUGCAAAGGGUACGAAGAAAGUCCAGGGUGCAAAAACAGCAUAGCUAUGAUGAUGAAAUAAAGCCCGGUGUUGGGCAAGGAGGACAGGGUGUUACUACGACUUUAACUACUGAGGGACAAGCUCAACUGCCGAGACGAGCUUCAGCAUAUGAUGUAUAUCAGAAUCGUGUGGACCAGGGUGUGACUCCAGCGAGUCGGAGGUCCAGUUUUCGAAUACAACAAGAAGAUGACGUUAAUAGCAGUUUACAGCAAAAAGAUCAAACACAAAAUCUCGGAAUGAAUAACGAAGAGGAGUGGAGACCCCGGAGACGUGGUUCCCAACUGCCGGACAUCAGUAACUUACGGUCAGCGGCCGAAUGCAGAGGAUCUCGAAAUUCAUUUUCUAACCGGAGCAGCGGAGACGGACAACAACUGCAACAGCAACCGCAACAACCACAGCAGCCGCAACCCGUCAUCCAAGAAACCGAACAGAACGACACCAUGCGCAGACAGCAAUCGGUCGCUGGCGAGGACAUAAAGAUAGUCAUACAUGACGUGGACUUCGAUCCGAACAUCAUGGGUGUUCGAUCGGGUUCUAAACGCAAAGUUAUUUUAAAGCGUGAUUUGACCGACAAAGCUCAUCGAACUCGGGGAUUUGGAAUGAGAGUCGUGGGAGGUAAGAUCGGCCCAGACGGACAGAUGUUCGCAUCGAUUGUGUGGACCGUUCCGGGCGGCCCGGCCGAGAAAUCUGGUCUUCAACAAGGAGAUAAGGUCCUAGAAUGGGCUGGCAUGUCGUUGGCCAAUCGUAGUUUUGAAGAGGUGUGCAACAUUAUCGACCGUUCGGGUGACGUGGUGGAAUUAUUGGUGGAACAAGGAUAUGAAUUACGGAUUUGUGACCUGCUCGAUGAGCCCGGGCCGAUGACGUCGAGAAAGAACUCUGGCGAAGCGAUGGGUUUGCAACUAGAUGGUUCAGACUCUCCGGCGUCCCCGACGAGAAGAAAACUACCUAAGACUCCGACAACAGCCGUUGCUCAGGCGAUCCCGGAAGAUUCGAUCCGAGAAAGAAAUAUUAUUGGUGGUAUUCAAAUGCAAGUCUGGUACAGAGAUGGAAAAAAUGAAUUGGCCAUAUCUGUUCUGGCAGCUAACGGUUUACAGAUGAGAAACGACGCGGACUAUGGUUCCUUGCCUGAAGCAUAUCUACAAAUAAAGCUUCUACCGUUCACUGUAGAGACAAAUAUCGUAAAGACCGAGAUCGCAGAACCUUCACUGAACCCAAUAUGGAACACAACACUUGAAAUGCCGAACGUUCGUUCAGAGACGUUAAUUGAAAAACAAAUGGAAGUUAUACUGUACGAUUAUAGACCUGACAAAGAAGACGUGAUAUUGGGUGAAUUCGUUGUAAACUUACAAAACACUCUUCUAGACAACGCAAUGAUAUGGUAUGAACUAGAAUCGCCGAAUCAUAGUAAGGCCUCUAAAUCACCCAGAAGCUCGAUUUCGGACACGGGGAAAGGAUUACGAAGCCAAAUUCGUUCUGUAUCAGAGGAACGUGAGCUCGAUGGAUUUUUGCAUCCGGAUCAUGCGUACAUGGCAAACUCUCGGCGAGGUUCUAGCCAGUCGGAACAAUUAGACGUUGAACCGUAUCAGUUAAACAAAGAUUUUUCUAGAUCAUUGCCCGGUUCUCGUCGCAGCUCGUUCCAGUCUACCCAAAAUACGGAAAAAGAUACCGAGCUAACAUCAACUCCGUACACAAAUCGAAGUCGUCGUAGAAGUUCGUGUACGCCUCGUCAAGAUCCAGAUGAGAUUCUAAAAAAUUUAAAAGCAGUUAAAGGAGAGUUACUCGGUCGCAGUAUGAGCAUCAGUGGAGAUAAAAGAGGAAUGCGAAGAGGUAGCUUGUCAAUCAGACCUCGAAAUGAUGCCGUUAUGGAAAAACCCGAAUCAACGUCAUAUUACGAAGACGAACCUGUUGGUGACCCCAUUCGUUUGGGCCCAGGCCAGAUUAUGCCACGAGGUUACGGUUUAAUCUCAGGUUGCCAUAUUGAAUUAAAACUAGGAUUACUAAUGACGAAAGGUCAACUGGAAGUAGACGUUGUCUGCGCGCGUGGUAUCAGAGCUGAAGAUUCACCACCAGAUACUUACGUAAAAAUGUAUCUCCGAGAGAACGAUCGCUGGUUGCAAAAACGUAAAACUCGCGUGGUCCGGCACAACUGCAAUCCAGAAUACAAUCAAACACUUAGGUACUCUGCGUGUGACGUAUUGGGAAGAUCACUUCUAGUAAUGCUUUGGGAGCGACAAAAAGGUUUCGAGCAUAAUCAAGGCCUUGGUGGUGCGGAAGUUACACUUGACGCUCUGAAGCUCACUCAGAUUACUGAAGGAUGGUAUCCUCUUUUUCCCAUACAAAGUUUGGGUUCAGACUCGAACGAUUCUCCGUGACGCCAUGCCGUGAAAUGUCACUUAUAAAUAAAUAUUAUGAACGCCCAAGUUCUGACAUAUUGGGAAAUGGGAAAUUCCAUCAUUCUCUUAAGAUUGUUUUAACUCUGUAAUUCAAUCUUAUAACGUAUAUAUAUAUAUAAAUAUUAUCAUUUCUGUAUCUAAUACUCUUACUUCCAAAAAUCAGUGAAAUUUUUAACUUCCAAUAAUGCAAUGUAUAUUAAUAAUUUAUAAUAUAGGAAUAAAAAACACAAAUUUAUAUA